AAAAAAUCCUGUGCCAAAAAAAUAUAAAAAAAAAAUAUUAAAAAAUGUGGAAAAUAAUUUUAAUACUGAGCAUCGCAACUGCUGUUAACGCUAAAAAAGUGCGACAAGAAAUUUUCGAACAAGACUUGGGCGACGCCUUCAAAAUCGCGCCAUCUACCGAGGGUCUUGCCAAAGUUCAUCUCAAAUGCGGCGCCGACUCCAUGCACGUGACACUCGAAACUGAGGAAGACUUCCACGGAGUUCUUUACACUCGCGGCUCAUUCUACAAACAAUCUGAGCCAUGUUUCGUCAAACCAAAAGGCGUCAAGGGCGAACGAACUCUCCGAAUGAAAUUCCCUCUCACGCAAUGUCAAACAGUUCAAGAUGGCGAUCUUUACUCAAACGUCAUUGUCGUUCAACAUGAUCCCGAACUCAUCACGCCGGGAGAUUCUGCCUUCACUGUCGAAUGCGAUUUUAGAAAACCCCGAAGUUUGAAUGUUGAAGCUUCCAUGAAUGCUCGUGAUAGUAAAUUGGUAAUGCAGCCAAAGAGUCUUGAGCUCCCGCCUGUUGCUGCGACAACUCUUGCAACGCCAACGCAACUUCAGCCAAGCUACAACGAUUAUUUGCAUAAAAUGCACUUGAAAUAUUACCAACGAUACAGUCCUGAAUUUUACUUUCAUCCUUACGUUUAUCAUCAAAUGAAUCCCAACUUUUACUAUCUCGACUACAAUAAUUUAAUUCUGUAAAAUCUUUUAAGUAAUUUU